AUGAACCUGAGACUCGUUUUUAGCCCUGGAUUCCUUCUGCUGCUUAUUGUCAGUCAAAACCAGGCAGGGGCCAGGUCCAUUUCCAGCUUACAGAGUCUAUCCAAAGUGUUAGAUGAGGACCUGGAGCAUCCCCUGGUCUCAGAAGAGAGAGACUACAAGCAAGAUGAGCUGAUCCCAGCAGAAAGCUUUGAUCAACAAGCCACUGAGUUCCAGUGGAUCCAAAACACCAGGGACCAGCCUGAGAGCAUGUCCAUGGGUGACAGUGCCAUCCAGAGAUUCCUCAGUGACCUCCUGAGCUUAUCUCGCCGCUACCGAGGCAGGAGCAAAAAAGGUCUCUCCAGGGGCUGUUUUGGUGUCAGGCUGGACAGGAUUGGGUCACUGAGUGGACUGGGAUGCUGA